AUGCCACGUCAACCUCGAAUUGAUGAUGACGAGUUCAAAACAGCACUGUAUUCGCUUUCAAUCAAUCAAAUUAUUUCUUUGGAUAAUUGUAAAACCAGUGCUGACGUAUGGGGUCAGCUCUGCAUUAAAAUGGGCAAAAGAAAUAAUGUAGAAAAUCGUCGUGGAUGUUUCGAUUUGUGGAAACGAAAAGGAUACAGUUCUGAAGAUAUUCUCAAAAAUAUACCUCAGAAUAAUCAACAUAUCGACGACAACAAUCUCGUUCAGGCCAAUCUUCCGAAUAUAGAUCAAGAAUUAUGUGCAGCACUGGAAGGCAGUGAAACGGAAGAGUUUAUCGAAGAGCUGAAGAGUUUUUUAAAUAAACAAGGAAAAAAUAUUUCUUUGAAGUUUAAUCAUAAUUUGGAAUCUACCAAUUGUUCUGGCAAUAUAGUUUCCAUUGAACUUGUUUGUAAAUGUCAAAAUGAUUGUAAUGAAAGCAUCAAUAGUGAUAGCAAGUCGCAAGCAAUGAGUGUAUCGUAUGAAUAUGAAGCCGUUGGGAAAUGGAAUAAUCUUUCUAUUGAAUAUGAAGACGCCUCAAUACCUUCCGUUGAUACACCUCUGCGAUUGGUAUUGUCACCAGCAUCAUUGUCAUCGCCAGAACUAUGUCCGGAAACGAACAUCUUGACUUCGACGCCGAAAGCAGCUGAUAAAUCAAAUCGUGUAAUACCUACGGUUUUAGAUAAGAAAGAUAUAUUAAGCCCAAUGAAAACAUUAAAUCGGGUUGUUAUCGAUGAAGAACACAUGGAGUUACUCACCUUUUUACAACGCAAUACAGAGAGCUCGUCAUUCUUCACUUGUGAUAUGAAUAUCAUUCAAGAAACUGAAAGAGCGAAAUCAAUCAUUAUCUCUCAAAGUGAUAUGGGAAUAUUGAAAAAGUUGCGUGAAGAAGAACAAAAAAAAACAGAGGAAGAUGGAAAUAGCGAAACAAGUGAUUCAGAUAACAAUGAUAACUCUGGAGAUUUGAAAGGUAACAGCAGCUCUGAUGAUUCAGAUGAUUCUAGCAAUGCAUUACAACAAAAAAGAAAUCUUGAAUGGACUGUGAUAAUGGAUGGUUAUAUACAGCAAUCCAAUGAUUACUGUGUGUUUGUAUACGAGAGGCAUUAUUUUAGUUUUGGAAACAAGAGAAAGAAACGUGCUAAGUAUUUCAUGAGUAUAAGUGCUCACUGUAAGUUCAGCACUUGUACUUGCACAUUUAAAGCUACGAUAGAUAAAAAUGGGAAAUUAAAAGUAAAUUAUAAGGGUCAAAUUCGGCAUUUAAAAGGAGAAAUACAUUCAAGACCACAACGUGGUAGUCGUCGACAGAAAUUGCAACAACUUUCAGCACUGGGUGUUUCACCAAAUGCCUUACACUUAGAACAAUAUAAGCGAUUGACUGAAAAUAACAAAAAAUCUGGUAAUCGAAAUGUCGUAGGUUCCAGUCCAUCAGUCAUUCGUAAAAUAUCAAGUGAAGGUAAUGUAAAAUCCCGACGACACGAUAAAACAUUAGAAAGUCUCCAUAAAAUAAAAGAAGAGCAAGCAAAGACUAUAUAUCCUUCCGAAUCAUUACCAGGCUAUUUACAAGCUAUAAGUGCUGAUCCAUUGCGAGUCAUCUGCUUCACAGCGGGUGGGCUUCGAGUAUACCAACGAUGUGCAUUAAACAUGCCAUUAUCAUGGGAUGCCACCGGCGGUAUUGUUAUUAACCGUCAAAAACGAAUAUAUUAUUAUGAGUUGACGAUGCAAAAUCUUAUCAAAAAGGGUCCAUCCUUUCCAAUUACUGUGAUGCUCAGUGAAUCUCAUGGUACGGGAGAUAUAGUGCAUUGGAUGAACUAUUUUAAAGAAAAAUAUAAAGAAACUUUUGGCUUUCGAAAUACUUUCCCCAAACCACCAAUUAUUCAUAGUGACCGUGCUCUCGUAUUCCUGCUAGCUGCCAUUGAAGUUUUUAACUUCGAUGAAACAAUGGCUCGGUACAUAGAAAGAUGUUGGCGAAUAGUUCAGGGAACAGCUAACAAGCGUGACUUAGAACUAACUAUCAUUCAUGCUUGUUUAGGCCAUUUUAUGAAGAAUGUAAAGAGAAAUGCAACUAAAGAGUUAUCGAAAAAACAGGUUCCAUUUGGUAUGUGGUUAGCGGCCUUGCUUGUGAAUAGCAGCACUUUGGAUGAAAUGAUAAUUGUUUGGGAGAAUAUCUGUAUUGUAUUAAUUAGCACAAAUCAAAAUGAUCGAUUUAAAAUGUCACUAUCAUUGCUGUCUCAAAUGGCAGAUAAAAUGAAUAAAGAUCCGGAUAAAGCCAAUGAUGUAUUGAAAAAUGUAACAGUAACAUCAAAAAUACAAUUUCAGAGUAAUUUAGACAAAAAUGCAUACGAAAACGAUGAAAAUGAUCUACCACUUGGUGAAGAAGAUGCUGUUCUUCAAAUAGAAUCACCAUUCAAAGAAUUAUUCACCAAAAUUUACGAAGAAUGUAAAGAAACGUUAAAAGUAUAUGACGAACCGCAAUGGAACAACUUGCCGAAUAAUCCACUAUUCUCAGCAACGUAUUUAACACGUUUAUUGAAACUUUAUAUGCCGACUGCACCAAUUUGGAGUAAUCUUUUGUUAGGCAAUUUCACAAGUCGAUAUGGUUAUAAUUCAAACUUUGCGACAGUGCCAUGUUGCUGUCACACAGGACGAACAACAGGUGUUUCUGAAUCUCGAAUGAGAGUGCUGAAAGAAGCAAUUUUAAGACGCAAAGUAUACUCACGAAUUGAUGAAGUAGUAACUAAAUUGGGAGAAAGUAUUGAAGCAGUUGAAUGCCAAUUUGCAGAUUUCAUAUUUAUGAAAAACAAUAAAAAUCACGUGUUGCCAGCAACAAAACAAAAGAAAGCAGCAGAAACUUGGGCAAAACGCACCAAAACAACUGCUAGUAUUCAUGAAGGAUAUACGUCUGGAAGUCCAAAUUUAAAUCUUACCGGAAUGAUGAAUGCUCGACUGCUAGGUCAAAAUGACGAUGAAAAUUUAGCCAUUGGACAGUUACCAGAACUUUUGAAGUUCGAAAACAAAGCUAACAAUUGUUGGUUUAAUAGUAUAAUGCAAAUGAUUUUAUCAUCCGGACAAAUCGUCGAAGCAAUCAUACGCAUGGGUCCUGUCAAUGCCGAUGUAGAACCUUGGGUUGUUAUGGUUGUUGCUGAUAUUCUGCAUUCAUUAACGAACAAGCACAAAAGUCGCAACAAAAUUGGGAAAACAAUUGUAGAUCAGAAAUUUAUUUCAGAACAACUUCUACAUCUCGUGUCGGCUGGUGUCAACAUCAGGAUAGGAAAAUACAAUUGUAUGUUCGAUUUCUUUUUAGCUGCUAUUAUACCAUCCCUUGAAUUCUAUGGAAUUGAUUUCCAAUCAAAUAUUAAUAUUUCGUUGCAAUGUCGUACCUGCAACAAAAAGUCUCUUAUCAGCACAGAAAUAUGGGACUAUAUCUUAGUAACUACAUCAACAGUUCACGAUAAUCUUGCCAACAUAUUAACUGAAGUAUUUGCGCCAGCACCUCGCAAUAUAGAAUGCCCGCAAUGUACUCAUAAUGAUAGUCAACCAGUUUCAUUAGCAAUUGCAAAAUUUCCGAAACAUGUUUUUGUUCGUUUCCAUGCAACAACAACAACUCAACAUACCGAACACAAAUUAACUCCUCAUGUUGACUUAUUCAACAUCUUAUCCGAACAUAUUGUUUGUACGCGAUCCUACUGUCGCUACACUUUACAAUCAUUCGUUGUUUUCACUGGUCGUGAUGAUGAAGGGCAUUACUACACCUUAGCUAAUCGAAAAAAUGAAUGGUAUAAACUAGAUGAUGACAAAAUUACAAUUCUUCCGCAGCGUACAAUUUUCGACCAGCAGAGUGAUCGCCCACCAGCUGUAUUAGCCCAUUAUACUCGACCGUCCAACAAAGAUGUAUUCUCUAUCGCACUCUGGAAUGUUUUCACCAAUUUCACCCGAUGCAGCAUGACACUUCCACCAAAUCUAUCAUUGAAUGAUGCUGUUGAUUAUUUCGCAAAGCAUGAUCCACUUAACAAUAAUCCAAUGAAUUUUGCCAUUCUCAAACAGUUCAAUUGCUCUCAUUGUAGAAAAGAAACUUUAACAGUUGAUCGAUUGCAUGUUGUAUGGGAAAUGAAGAGAAAUGGUACCCACAUUGAAAAUAUUCUGAGCGACUUUGCAGUAAAGGAAAUUAGGUGCUCAUCAUGCAGUCGUGUUGGAUAUUCAAAUUCAGUUUUGUACGAUUCACCGCGGUUUUUAAUUUUGAAAACUCGAGGAAAAGUCGACGAAAGCAUUAAUUUGGUUCACCAUACAAAUAGACUGAUGAUCAAACCGACUUGUUAUUAUCGUAAUAUUGAAUAUAAUGCACAAACUGUUAUGAUGGUUCUUGAAGAAGAUUACAUUGUUUAUUUAAGAAAAAAUCCGAAUGGUUAUUCAUCUUAUAACGAAACCAGCAACCAAUUUGAAUUACUGAAGGAAGUGACAGCCGAGAAUACCGGGCCGGAAGAUUAUAUAGACGAAUUUGUCAAUGAUCUACUACCUAUUUAUGAAAAAGGAUUUCUUGUUGGAUCUAUUCAUGUCAAAUUAGAUGACAUGACUAUUUUGUUAAGCCCGAAUGGAGACAUUAACGAUCUGAUUAUUGAUGCACAUCUAUCCAUCACAGCAUCCAGUGCUGCUUCGAAUAAUAAGGAAUUGAUUACGUUUGAAAAUGAACCUACAAAGCAACAAACAGACAGUCAUUCAUGUGGCAUUCACCUUCUACUACAAGCCGAAGCUUAUGUAAAAAAUUUUAAAUUCCUUCCAAUACAAGGCGACCAACUUCAACAAUACCGAUAUCGGAUUGCCGAAGCACUAUUACGCAAAGGGGAGCCUAACAAGAACAGCUCAUCAUUGGGAUCCCUACUGGAAGAAAUACCCGACUCAAACAGAAGCAAGAAUUUCCGCAAAAGUAAACAGCAAGAACAUUUUUAG